AUGGCCUGUGCGCUUGAGGAGAACUGCUUUCCACCCAGUGUAUAUAGUCUGAUAAGCCGCCAGCCUCAGCAAGCCUAUGCCAGUUAUCGGCGUCUACUACGUUUUACUUCGAUUAUACACAAUAGAGGAACCGCACCCUUCCGGCCUCAUGAGCCACGAGAAAAUUGGGUCUGGCAUGCUUGUCACAGGUUAGGUGAAGAAUCAGGAUGUUCGAGUUUCCUUCCAUUUUACCCUAUAAAAUGA